GGGAGUGGAAGGAGAGAGAGAAGAGAAGAGAAGAGAGUGAAGAUGGAAAGAGAAGGAGAAGGAGAAAGAGAGAGAGAGAGAAGGGUGGAGAAGAAGGGGAAGAAGAAGAAGCAGGUGCUGUUGGAAGGGUACGUGGAGGAGGAUCUGGCAAGGAGCAAGAGUCUGUCGGACGAGGAUCUGGAGGAGUUGAAGGGGUGUUUGGAUCUGGGAUUUGGGUUCAGCUACGACGAGAUUCCGGAGUUGUGCAACACUCUGCCGGCACUGGAAUUGUGCUAUUCGAUGUCUCAGAAAUUCAUGGACAACUCUCUGCCUUCACCUUCCCCGUCGAACUCGCCGGUGCCGUCGGCUCAUUCGCUGUCGACUUCGAUCGCGAAUUGGAAAAUAUCGAGUCCCGGUGACCAUCCGGAAGAUGUGAAGGCGAGGCUGAAGUUCUGGGCGCAGGCUGUUGCCUGCACUGUGAAGCUGUGCAGCUGAGCAUUCUUUGAGCGAUUCCUUCAUUGAUUCCUUGAUUUACCUGGAGACGGAGAUGCGAUCGAUGAUGGGUGGAGAUGAAGGGCUCUCAGAGUAACUCUAAUUAACCCUCACUUCACAAUAUUCACAGCCUUAGGGGCACAGGCAUCAUCUUGUCACUUGUUAAUUAAGAUCAUAUCUCAAUAAAAUUUUAUGUUCUAUGUUUCGGAUCUA